AUGGAUCGGAGGAGAAACACGAGUCCGAUCUACGCCCGGCAGUGGAGCGGCGGUUCCAGCAGCACCGAUUCCUCGUCACCGACGAUGUCGCCGGCUUAUCCUCAGUCGCACCUUAGUACUACUUCUGCCACCGGUAUCUCCACCGUCAAGCGCAUGCAAAACGUGGCAACCAAAGCCGUCGCGCAGCGACUUGCUCGCGUGAUGUCGUCUCAGAAUUCUGCUUGUAUGACAUUGGAGUUAGCCGAAUUCGGAAAGCCCUUUAUCACUUCCAUAAUAAAUGGUUCUGACAUGGUGCCUAUAAUUUUGGUUUCUUCUGUUCUUGAUUUCGUUUCCGAGAACAUUACUAGUACUCCUGGUGUUUGUGAUAUCUCUGACUAUAUAUUGUUCAAUAAAUUUAAAGACCAUGUACUAGAAGCACAUGAUGAUAUCACUAACACUCGUGCUCAGGAAAAAGAAGCAGCCACGAUCAGAGGCAAUACUGAAGAAAAGAUCAAUGAUCAGGUUGUUGAUACUGAACAAGUUGUUGGUACAGUUUCAACAUUAGACAACUUGGAUACACAUCUUUAUCCACCAGGAAGGAUCAUUCAUAUUGUCCCCACAUAUUUGUCUGAAAAUUCUAACUCAAACCACAAUGAUCAUGAUGCAAAACGUGUCUACUUAUAUGAAACGCCUACACAGUUAUAUGGAAAGCUCAGAUUGUCGAGAGGGAUGAUAGGUGAUCAUUACAUGAGCGAGUAUCAAAAGAUGUUAGAACAAUUAAUAAAUCAACAAGAGAAAUAUAGAAGCUCCAAUAUGGUGGAUCCAAAGGGUAACAAAUGGAAUGAUAUUGGGUACCAAUUGGCUCGUGGAUGA